CUUUUCAUCCACCCAAUGAACGUGUGCUCGUUGCGUUUUUUUCCUCUGCUGCGAGCCCAUUGCUACAAAGUUUACAGCAGCUACAUUUGAAUGCUACCGGUGGAGUUUUGAAUUUUUCACAUUGUAGCAGCGCGCAACAAGUUUUCGUUACAUUUCACAUGGUCUUCAUGUGAACACAACCCGCUGUGUGCGCUCCGGACACGAAGCCUCAUGAAGACUCAGUGACCCGCAUGGAAACAGAGCUUUCCAUCUGCUGUCGAUUUAUUGGUCGACCGGGGUUUCACAGUGGUGCUGGUCGAUGUGAGGCUGGUUGUUGACUCGCUAUCAGCAGCACGAGUGUGAAGCAUGUGGCCUUGGUGAUUUUAAUUUUCAAACAGUGUUGCGUUACACAACUUCCGUGAGUUUUGUGUUGUGGAAGUCCACCAAGAGUUUAGAUUUUGUGUGCAAACUGCUCCACAAGUAGGUUAAUAAGCUGACGGGCGAUUUUGGGCGAAACGUAACCAAAUAUCGCACUGACUUCAGAGAAACAUGCCUAUUAGGCGUUUUGGGGGUCACAGGUCUCUGGUGUCUCAUUCUCCAAAGCUUUCGUAUGGUUAUACCAAAAUGAAUAUUUCAAGAAGUGGCUACAGUGUUUUUUCUGCCAACUCCACUACCGCCUGCACCGAACUAGCCAAGAAGAUUACAGAACGUUUGGGUAUUGAAUUGGGCAAGUCGGUUGUUUAUCAAGAGCCAAAUAGAGAGACUAGAGUGGAUGUGAAAGAGUCUGUUCGUGGACAAGACAUCUUCAUCAUUCAGACCAUUCCCAGAGAUGUCAACACAGCCAUCAUGGAGCUGCUGAUUAUGGCUUACGCCCUGAAGACAUCCUGUGCCAACAACAUCAUCGGGGUCAUUCCCUACUUUCCUUACAGCAAGCAGUGCAAGAUGAGGAAGAGAGGAUCCAUUGUCUGCAAGCUGCUAGCGUCCAUGUUAGCUAAAGCUGGGCUAACUCACAUCAUCACCAUGGACCUCCACCAGAAAGAAAUCCAGGGCUUCUUCAGCUUCCCUGUAGACAACCUGAGAGCUUCCCCCUUCCUCAUUCAGUACAUCCAGGAGGAGAUCCCAGACUACAGGAAUGCCAUCAUUGUCGCAAAGUCCCCUUCAGCUGCCAAAAGAGCUCAGUCCUACGCCGAGAGGCUGCGCCUUGGGCUGGCAGUGAUGCACGGGGAGGCCAAUCAGUUUGAUUCAGACAUGGCCGACGGUCCCCAGUCUCCUCCCGUGUGCCGCACCACCACAGGACACACCGGCCUGGAGCUGCCAUCCACCAGACAUCAUGUCCCUUUCCCUGGGAUAGAGCUCCCAAUAAUGAUGGCAAAGGAGAAGCCACCCAUCACUGUUGUUGGAGAUGUAGGAGGCAGAAUCGCCAUCAUUGUUGAUGACAUGAUAGAUGAUGUGGGGGACUUUGUUGCAGCGGCAGAAAUCUUGAAGGAGAGGGGAGCUUACAAGAUCUACAUCAUGGCUACACAUGGCCUCCUGUCUGGAGACGCGCCAAGACUAAUAGAGGAGUCCGCUAUCGAUGAGGUGGUGGUGACCAACACUGUGCCUCAUGAUGUGCAGAAGCUGCAGUGUUCAAAAAUCAAAACGGUGGAUGUCAGUAUGAUCCUGGCUGAGGCCAUCCGGCGCAUCCACAACGGAGAGUCCAUGGCCUAUCUGUUCCGCAACAUUGCUGUGGAUGACUGAGGCAACACACACUCACAUUUACAUUCCUACACACACACUCACACACACACACACACACACACACACACACCAGUGACCAAGAACCAAGUUUACUGCACUAUCUGCUUUACCCCAUUGUUCCUGUUUGUUUUGAUGAUAAAUAUCAUUAGAGAAAUUGACUUUAUUGGCUUAUUCCUUUCUCAUGUUACAUAGAGAGACUGUACCCACACUACAAGCUGUUUCACUGAAAAUAAAUAAAUAUAAUAAUAAUAAUAAUAAUAAUGAUAAUAAUAAUAAAUAUAUAUACAUGUGCUUCCUACCAUCUGAAAACAUAAUGUAUCACUUGCGGCCUCUGUGUAUCCUGCAGAAUUUAAAAAAUAAAAAUUCUUCUUGGGCGAGUAACGUU